AUGGUACAAAAUGUUCACCCAAAAAGAGGAUCUGGAACUAUGUAUUCAACCAUGGUGGAGGCUAGUGAUGGAAGCAUGGAGGAGAAGGUCAUAAAUGAGGAGUAUAAAAUUUGGAAGAAGAACACACCAUUCUUGUAUGAUAUGGUGAUGACACAUGCUUUGGAAUGGCCGAGUCUCACCGUACAAUGGCUACCUGAUAUACAAAAGGUAUUAGUUGAAGUUUUGAAUGCCAUUUCUGGUGGAAAAGGGCUAGUCAGGUUUUCGUUAGAUGUAGAAUUUUAGGC